AUGGACCGGCUUCAGCGUCUAUUUGGCAACCUACCUGGGCUUCCUGGCCAGGGCGGACCUGGUGCCGAUGGUCCUCUGGUCGACACGGCUGAGAAGGUGCACAUUUCGUCGCUGGCUCUGCUCAAGAUGCUCAAGCACGGCCGUGCUGGUGUCCCAAUGGAGGUGAUGGGUCUUAUGCUGGGCGAGUUCGUGGACGACUACACGGUCAACUGCAUCGACGUGUUUGCCAUGCCGCAGAGCGGAACGGGCGUGAGUGUGGAGGCCGUAGACCCAGUGUUCCAGAUGAAGAUGCUGGAGAUGCUCAAGCAGACGGGAAGAGCUGAAAUGGUUGUUGGAUGGUACCACUCGCACCCAGGCUUCGGCUGUUGGCUGUCGGGCGUGGAUAUCAAUACGCAACAAAGUUUCGAGGCUCUGAACCCGCGCGCCGUGGCUGUGGUGGUGGACCCCAUUCAGAGUGUCAAGGGUAAGGUUGUCAUCGACGCCUUCCGCCUCAUCAACCCGCAACUCAUGAUGAUGGGUCAGGAGCCAAGACAAACCACCUCCAACAUUGGCCACUUGAACAAACCAUCGAUCCAGGCGCUGAUCCACGGUCUUAACCGUCACUACUACUCGAUUGCUAUUGACUACCGUAAGAAUGAACUCGAGGAGCAAAUGCUGAUGAAUCUACACAAGAAAACGUGGAGUGACGGCCUCGUGCUCACCAAGUUCGAAGACCACUCGAAGGAGAACGAGGAAACUGUAAAGACCAUGCUGGCGCUUACGGAGCAGUACAACAAGCGAGUUCAGGAGGAGGAAGAGAAAACACCCGAGGAGCUCGAAGUCUUGAAUGUCGGCAAACUGGAUCCCAAGAAGCACCUGGAGAACGACGUGUACGACCUCAUGGCCCUCAACACAGUCCAGUGCCUCGGCGCAAUGCUGGACACUAUUGUGUUUUAG